GUGGGAGCAUGGGGGGUGACCCGGCAUGGCGCUGAGGGGAACAGGGAUGUCUGUGGGGAACAGGGAACCUGCCAGGCUGAGGGGCGAGCCCUCGCGUUGGAGGGGGUCGCAGGGGUUUCUGCGAGGAGCACUCACCUCCCGGCGCACAGAGGCGUCGAAGCAGGCACAGCUGAUGGAGGUGCUGAAGAAGGAGGUGAGGGCGAUGCUGAUAGCUGCCAAAGCAGGCCUGACACCAGAGCAGCUGGAGGAGCAGUACAUGGCCAUGGUCUGCAAACCUCUCCCUCUGCGUGACCUGGGCUUCCAGUCCACCUUGGAGCUGGUGACACAAAUGCCUGAAGUUGUCCGAAUCUGUUCUUCUAAGAAUGGCAGUUUAAUCCUCAAAGCCAUUGCUGAUGACUCCACCAAAGGGAUUGCCAAGCUGGUAGCCAACCAGAAAGUAAAGACACGGAAGACAUCAAAGAAAACUGCUACAAAGGCAAAUGCUACUUUUCCCACUAAGAACUCUAAGAAUCUACAGAGUUUCCAAACUCUGAGUGCUGGGACUCCUGUCCUGCCAGCAGCAGUGAAGGCUGAGCUGCAGGACCUGCUGAGCUCCUCACCGCUUCUGCUCGCGGACUUGGACAAGGCCUUCCUCAGGCGCUUUGGCCGGGCGUUCCAGUACAGGCAGUACGGAUUUUUGUCCAUGUUUGAAGUCCUCAGGAGUAUGUCUGAUUCCAUUGUCAUUGAGCAGACAAAGGCAGGUUCCUUGCUGGUCCUGAGGAAGUACUUGGCAAGCAGGAUAGAACAGGAGGAGGUACCUCAGGGUGAGGCUGAGGAGGAAGAGGUGCCUCAAAGUGAGGCUGAGGAGGAAGAGGUGCCUCAAAGUGAGGCUGAGGAGGAAGAGGUGCCUCAAGGUGAAGCUCAGGAAGAAGGGGUGCCUCAAGGUGAAGCUCAGGAAGAAGAGAUGCUGCAAGCAGCAUCUGCAGCUAAGAUGCCUCCUUUAGAACCCAUCCACGAGACAGAGAGCUUCUACCACGCAGCACUUCCAAUGGAUUCGGAGCCAGUGCAAACACAAGCAGUAGAUUUGGAUGAUCACCUCAAACGACAUCAAGGUUUUGAGCAGUCUCCACCAACUCCAGAGAUCCCUCCAGAUGCUGUUCAGGACAGAAGCCUUUGCAGUUUGCCACCUCUGAAGAGAAAGUGCUUGGUGGGAGUCAUUGUGGAAUUCAUCGUCUCUCCUAGCCAGUUCUACAUCCAUGUCUGCAGCAGGGAAGCAUCCUAUAAACUGCAGGAUCUGAUGUUUGAGAUGAGACACGUUUACUCACAUAAAGUUGCUUCUGAUAAAUACAUCAUGCCCGAGUCUGCAGUGCGGCCUGGGCAGCUCUGCUGUGUCAUGGUCUCCAAGUGGUGGUACCGUGUGAUCAUCCACCGUGUGAUCAAUGACCAGGAGGUAGAGGUGUUCUAUGCAGACUAUGGACACCUCCAAAUUGUCCAAAAGUCCUGGCUGAGAUUCCUCAAGUGGCACUACUUGAAUCUCCCUGCUCAGGCCAUCCCAUGUUCCUUGGCAUGGGUAAAACCUGUGGAGGGCACGUGGUCCAGUGCAGCAAUUCUCCUGUUCAAGCAUCUCUGUCGCUUCAAGGAACUUGUGGGCAUUGUGGAUGAAUACGUGGAUGGUGUUCUGUACCUCUUCCUGUGUGAUACAUCCACCAAGGAGGAUGUCUACUUCCACUCUGUCUUGAGGGAUAUGGGAUAUGCUGAUGUCUGUGGAGAGAACAUCCCUUCCCAGGAAUUUGAGAAACUGAAUCCUUCAGCCUUGUAUGUUCAGCCCAGUGGAAAGCAGGAGAAUGCUGGAAUGGUGGAGCCAGACCUUCACUUGCAGCAGGAAUCUCAAGAUGCAGACAGUGAAACAGCAACCUCAAAGCUGGAUGGGGCUGAGCUGUGACCAGGCACCUCAUUCUCUUGGAGAGUCUUCAAUGCCUGCUGUCUUUGUAAAGGUCUUCCACUGACUUGACUCCUCCUUUAUUUACUCCAGGCAACCAGCAGAAAUGAGGCAAGAUGACCCAGUUCAGAUAGAAAUUUUUUCCAGCAGGGCCCAACUUUAUGAAGCUGUACAUCCCACUGUUGGACUCAGGGCAGCACCAUUCAUGCUGGGUCCCCUUGACAGUAUGAACAGAUUCAUCAGUCCAAAUUGACUGACAGAAAGUUAAGCACCGUGCUGUGAGUUUUGCUGCCCCUCUUGGGUAUCCUAAGGCUGGUGCUGCUGGAACAGAUGGAAGUGUUGGUGUUUCUGUGGGCUGGAGAUGACACAGUAAUAAAGAGCUGGAUGCAAUGUAUCAUGGUGACCUUUGUGUAGCAAAAUGGAUUUCUAAUUGUUUAAUGGGAACAAAUGAAUUGAGAGUUCUCUCAUUGUUGGGUUUUGUUCUCUUUUCUAGACUGCAGAAGUAUUUGUUUCUCCACUCCAGUGUUCAUUUCAUACUGAGUUUCCUAGUCUUUCAGCUAUAAGGAACUAAAGCAUUUUGUAAACCCUAUGAGUUCCCUGUGUGGGUGUUUGCCUUCCAUCUUCCAAAUGAUGGAAGAAUUUACAACACCCAUACAAGAGUUGCUUGAUUUACAAGGUGGAUGAAGUGACUUGCCAAAGGCAAUGGCUGUUUAUGCCUUGGAACUUUCUCUCUAGAGUUCCCUAGACAAAAACUACUGAAUUCACAUCCGAUUUCCCAGCUCUGGGGAAGUGGAGAUGCAGCAGCAGGAGGAGAGGGGUCCUUGCAUUAUACCAUGUCAGACUCAUCAAAUAGGUGUGCAGUAGCCAGUUUUCUUUACAUGACCCGGUGAGGUCCAGGCAAAAGGGAUUUCAGUCUAAACUGAAGCUCUUGGAUUUGCCUGUGUAGAUUUGAUCUGUCUUUUCUGUGCUCCUCUUU